AUGUUACCAAAGUCGGGCAAACGCGAAGAGAAGUACUCUCUCCUCAAAGACGAGACUGAGGGAGAGUCUUGCGAAGAAGGCGCGUCGAGAGAUUCCUCCGUCGAUCAAGAAGCCGGGUUCGCCAGAGUCAGGAAACACCUUCCAUGGCAAAAGUUCGACCCAGCUUGGAGAUCUUGGUAUCUCUUCGUUCCACCCAUCCUUGUCUUCUCAAUACUGGCGUAUCUCGCCUUCUUUCCAUCAUGCGAAACCUGCCAGAAGAUGGACCUCGACCUAUCAGGGUACGUCUGCGCGCCCAACGGCGCUCUACCCAAAAUCGCGCGCGACAGGGGCUGCGAGUUUGACACCAUGUCGUUUAAAUGGUGGCCCAAAGAGCCUAUGGCGCACAAAGACAACGUGGCCCUACUCAAAGAAUUUCACAAUGAAGGGCCAUGGCAUCGAUACUAUGAUAAGGGCGGAAAACAUGAGAUACCACCGACGAGCGAAGUCUUGACCGCCGGCUGGGUCACGAGGAAGGAACACACAUACCACUGCAUGUACACUCUGCGGCAGACGCACCUGUGGAUUUCUCUGGGCUACGAUCCCCCUUUCAAUUACAGCCAUACGAUACAUUGCACCAAGUACAUGAUGGACGCGAUACUGGAGAAUCCGCCGAAAGACUUCGAAGAGCUCAAUGUCCAUGGCACCCCAUGGCCGGAACAUCCUGAUGUUGUAAGUGUUGCUCCCUGA